AGAAAACAAAUAUUUGGAAGAAGAUGAGAGGUGGGGUGGGGGAUAUAGGAUUGAUUAUUUGAAAGGGAGAGAAAAAAAGGAAGAAGGAAGCACCUUGUGCAUGUUUUCAAGGAGGAGUAUAAAUCCUCUGAGAAGACUAAUCAAACCUUAACCAUUUUGAUUGUCUCACGCUCCUUUUGGCUGUUUUCGUCUACCUGAAUGCCUUUUCAAGUGUUCAGGAAACUCUGACGAGAUAUGUACAGAGGAGCGAGGGACAAAUACAAUAAUACAUAGGAGCAUCUGAUGGCUACAAUUCUAGAGAUAGCUAAAUGUUGAAAGGAAUUCUCAACCUGAUUUUGAGAAGUCUAAUAAAAAGAUUUGUGAAGUGCUUAUUUUUCAAUCUCCCUGAAUUGAAGUUGAUUCGGAAAUGGCUGUAGUUGUUGACCAACAUCAUGGAUUUAAACCUCCAGCACGAUCCCAAAGAUGUAGACUUGUAUCUUUUACUAACCUUGAUUUUUCUGGCCUUGAACCUAGCCCAACUGACGUGGGUCAUUCAUUGGGACAAAUUGAUCUUAAUGGAAGCCUCCAACGAAGUUCAUCUACUCCUUGCUUGACCUUAAGAAAUAAUGUUGAUGAAGAGUUUAAGAAGAGUCAAAAGGUUGAACUCAUUGGUGGUAAGGGGGCCUCUAAAGUGCGAGCACUUGUCGUGGAAGUUGCCAUAGCUUUAGCUUCUGGUGCAGAUCCAAUGCUAGUAUCAAGUGGGCUUGGUGGGGCCUACUUCCUACAUAACAGAAACGGUGACAUUAUUGCAGUGGCAAAACCCAUGGAUGAGGAACCUUUAGCGUUUAACAAUCCAAAGGGUUUUACGGGAAGAAUGCUCGGUCAACCGGGCUUGAAACGCUCAGUUCGAAUUGGUGAAACUGGCAUAAGAGAGCUAGCUGCAUAUCUCCUUGACCAUGGUGGAUUUGCCGGGGUUCCUCCAACGGCACUCGUCAAGUUCUCUCAUGUUCAUUUUCAUGUUAAUGAUUUAGCACCAAUCUCAUCAUCACGAUACAAAAUUGCUUCUCUUCAGCGCUUUGUAGAGCAUGAUUCUGAUGCUGGGGAUCUAAGCCCUUCUGGUUUCUCCGUCUCUUCAGUUCAUCGCAUUGGUAUUCUUGACAUUAGAAUCCUCAACAUCGAUCGACAUUCAGGAAAUAUACUAGUAAAAAAGUACCAACUAGACAAACACUCUCUUGGUGCCAGCGAGCUCAUUCCGAUAGACCAUGGGCUUUGUUUACCAGAGUGGUUAGAUGACCCAUAUUUUGAAUGGCUCCAUUGGCCUCAAGCUUCAAUACCUUUUUCAGAUGCUGAAAUCGACUACAUAUCAAAUCUCAAUCCAUUUGAAGAUGCUAAACUUUUGCGAGCUCAACUCCCCUGCCUUAGCGAGUCUUCUAUUCGUGUUCUAGUGGUGUGCACUAUCUUUUUAAAGAGGGCUACUUCUGCUGGACUUUGCCUUGGUGACAUUGGUGAGAUGAUGACUAGAGAUUCCUAUGGUGGAGAGGAAACUAUGAGUGUGUUAGAAACCAUAUGUGCUAGAGCAAAGGAUGCUAUCUCUUUGUUAACAAAUGACAUUUUUUGUGGAGAAAACAAACCAAAAGACGGAGAAGAAAAUGAUUUCCCAAUAUUUAUGUUUGAUGAGGAAAAUGAACAAGACAUUCCAAAAUGUAUGUCUACCCAUCUUAAGGUCGUGAAAACGCAAUCAGGGAAGCCACCACUUGCUCCACAGCCUCAUUAUGUAUAUGUAAGACAAGUAAAGGAGUUUUCCCCUGAUGAUAACAAGUUGUGCUCACUAAUAGAGCAUCACCACCACAAUGUGGAUACCAUUGAAAAUCGCAAGGUGGGACACUUGGUUAAAAGCAUUAGUUUUGCAGUACCUGGCAGGAAGAAUGAAAUUGAGGGCAUCACUUUCAAAAAAAUAGAUCAACAAGAGUGGGAAUUUUUCCUCGACAUUUUUGACAAGCUUCUACCCGACGUGUUUGAGGAGCGGAAGAACACCGGCAUAACCCAAAGAGUGGGUUCAGCGUGAUUAUUUCGAGAAAUUCCCAACUAAUUUUCCUUUUUAAUCUAGAGAAAAGCUAGUAUUAUCAACACCACAAGUAUGAUUAGAAAAACUAGUCUUAUUAUCAGUUUGUAUCAUUAGCUGUCUGUAUACUAGCUAUUACUACAAUGUAGAUAUAGUAACUAGGUUUGUGGGGAAAAGAGAUCGGCCACAAGUUGAGAUCCUUUCCCUUAUGCCUUUUUCCCAUCUCUUUUUUUCCAUAAUUUUAACAAUUCUCUGUCAUCUUGUAUACAUGUAAAGAGAAAAAAAAAGAUGAUGUGAAACUGUAUAAGUAUACAUCUUGUAAUGGAAAAACAAUUUGGUGUUUAUAUAAACAAUAGUAACAUUUUUGGUAUGGAGGGAAAAGGAAUAAGUUGACAUCAUUUCCCUCCUACUAUUCAUCUUUGUGUUUC